ACGUCAAGAUAUCCUUUUCCUCAUCCUAGAUCUAGUUUUUAAAUUCACAAAGUUUGUGUUCAUGUUAACAGUAUGAAUGUAUGCGCUGUACAGUGCACAGUGUAUUUUGUACAAUAUACGGUUAAAAUGAUAACGAUAAGGAGACUGUAGGAAUUAUCAUAAUUAAAAUUUAUAUAUUGGAUAAUGACAAGGACUUUCACAUUAUUGAUCAGAUAAAGAUUUCAAGGGUACCAUUGUGAAUAGAACAAUGCAAUGUUUACUCGGAGGAUCACUUGUAAUUACGCUUACAUUUACCAUUAUACCAAUAUAGUUGAAUAGGUGUUCUAUAGUCUAUACUAUUACUCAGUCCGCUCAGUUGCGUUUUGGGUCUCCUGGAGAUAAGACAUGUUUUUUCCAUCCUUCCUCAUCCUCUUCCUUCCUUGUACCCUACCCUCUCCUGUUCUUUGGCCUCCAUCUGCUUCAUUAGGAUCCAAUCCAAUUCAAUUUUAUGAUCAAAUCCAGUCUAAUCCCACAAUCCAGUCUCAUCCUACAAUCCAUUCCCAUCCCACACUCCAAUAUGAUCCAUCAAUUCAUCAACCCCAAGGUGAUACAGUACCUGAUCCCUUUGCUGCCUCCAAUCCUACAUUAAUCCAUUCUAGUCCAAAUCCUUAUCCUGAUCCUGUCCGAGAAGAUCCCUACCCCAAUAUUGCUCUUACUGGAUCCUAUCAUGAGCCCCAAAGUAAUGGACCCAAGGGCAUUCAGAUUUCUUCUCUCGGAGAUUAUGGAAUUCAUAGAAAUCCCAAGAAGAUAACUCUAGAUACGUUGUAUUAUGAGAAAACUCCAAAGUGCCGAACUGUUUACGAGACUAGAGAAGAACCAGUUCAAGACACAGAGUGCAAACAAACAUACACUCAGAACUGCUCUGCAACAUCUUGUACAUGUGAACAUGUACGGUGCCCAUCAAACUGUGCUCAACAGUACGUUACAGAAUACAUCGAGGAUUGUACAGACGUGUACAUGGAGAAAUGUAUUAAAAAGUAUAAAACAUUUUACAAUGAAGAAUGUUCACAAACUUAUGAACACCUAUGUACAACUCUGACAGUAACAAAGUUUGUUGACGAAUGCAGUACAGAGUACACGGAUGAAUGCCGCGGUUAUAAUUCUGACUGUGUCAAGGUUCCGCGCCAAGUUUGCCAUUCCAAACCGGUUCGAAAACAAAUUGAAAAAUGCGCGGACGUUCCAAGUCAGUCAUGCAGACGAACACCGUUUAGAAAACCAGAAAAAGUUUGCAAAAACGUUCCAUCAAAAGAAUGCAAAAAUAUUCCAAAAGUUAGAAUAACUGAGGAGUGCUCACCCUACACCGAUCAAACAUGUCAAGAAUUAGAAUUGUGCAAAGCAAAUUGUUUGAACAUUUGCAAACCAAUUCCAGUUCAAGUUUGCGAGAACAAUACUAAAUAUCAUCCAAUCAAAGUACCCAUACGAAUCUGUGAUUGACUCAUUUAUCCUUAUUGUACACGCUGCAAUGCAGUUCUUAAAAGUAGACAGUAGACUUAAAAUAAUGAACAAAAUAUUUAAAUAAAGAAUGAAUUUUUGUGUUA